AUGGCCAAGAUAUGCAAUACAAUAGUAUGGUGCUCUCAAUCCUUACUUUAUACUGAGGCGACAACAACAUCUGUACGAAAUGUUUUUUGCGGGGUCGCCGGUUUCCUGGGUGAUCUCGGCUCAGUGGCGGCACCGUACCUCAAAAGACUGGAGGCUAUACACAAAUCAGCGCCUGCCCUAGCGAUAGUGGUAAUGUCGCUGAUAUCGGCUGGGAUUGUUCUUAUUAUGCCGGAAACAAAAGACAAGAAAUUGCCUGAAGAUCUGGACGACUUUGAUCCAGGACCAUUGUUGCGUUGGAUGAAGAAAAAGAAGGACGAAAAAGUGGAAGAGGUGCAACAUUCAAUUGAAUUCAUAAUUUUAAUUGAUAUUAAUCUUAAUGUUAAAAGGUCGCCCAUGUUGGGAACAGAGCCAUCCAAACCAGCGUUUACUGAAGAAAAGACAGCUGAGUUCGAAGCUUAA